AUGAGCAGACUUGUUUUCGGCCUUCAGAUUCAGAGUUAUUACCCUCAGUCAUUUAAAUCCAUUAAGAACAUAAUAGCUCAUGAAAUCCAGGUCUGUUGUAGUGGAUGUUGGAGUGGGGCAAAUCAUGUGGUACCUGUUGCAGAUGGCUACGUUAUAGGUAGCAGUAUCAAACGAUUCCUGAAAGAGGACAGAAAGUACCACCAGAAGACUCUUGUGAAUCAAAGGAGUUCAAUAGCUGAUAAAGAACCAGGCAAGUACAUCAAGCAUUGGAGAGGUAUUAAACCGAAGACAGGGGCACCAUAUUCAUGUGAUAUUGGCAUUGAACGAUUUUUGGUCCGAGGGAAUAUAGUUCUGUCUGGAGGUUCAAGCAUGUUUCAAGGAUUUCACAGGAGGUUGCAACGUGAUCUUAAAAAAAUAGUGGAUGCUCGUUCACAGCCAGUGGAGGUAAAUGUACUCAGCCAUCCAAUCCAGAGAUUUGCAGUUUGGUUUGGAGGAUCGGUACUUGCAUCAACACCUGAAUUUUUUACGUUCAAAGAGAUUCCAUUUUGUACGAAUGCGAGUUUGGCAUGUGUUAAUGGAAAUAAAGGUGGUUCUGGAACCAUUGUGCUGUAUCCAUUUGUUAUUGGAAAGGAGGUUCUGGAACCUUGUGCAUAUUCAUAA